AUGACGGCGACGGCCAGCAACAGGGCACAAGCCGUUGCGGCCCUCAAGCUGCAGCGGGAUCGCAGCGCCACGUACCAGCAAUGGGCGUUGCUCUUCCACCGCGCCAUCAUCGGCGACAUCACCGCCACGGAGCUGCAGCGCAAUAUUCAAGGCAUUGUCCUGCCAGAGUUUCAGCGUAUCAGCACGCAGCUGCGCACGCUGCAGAAAGCACUGACGGAGACGGCAGCCGAGACGGAGCAGCGCCAGAAUGGCCACCCCUCCCCCCACUCACCCACUGAAUCACCAGCGGACCCAGCAGACAGCAAGCAGCAGACGAGCGCGGCGCUGGCGAUGUGGAUCGAUCGCUUGCAAAACCUGGAGCGCGAGCACUACACAGUAACGCUGAGCUUGGCGAACCAGCUAGUCGAGCAUUGCACGUCAAACGUGUGUCUCGACUCGGAGAACGCGCCGUCGACAGCUGCGGAGGCAGGGAAGGCGGAUGAAGGCACACCGAGGCCCACGGGCGAGCCGGCGGACAUCAAGUCGCUAUUCAAGCCGGACAGCAGCGACGAUGAGCAGUACGAGUUGGUAGAGAGGCGCCCAAAUCACAUCGCGCACAGCCCUCCGGUGCCCGCCACCGCUGCCGCCUCUGCGCCUGCCCCAGCGCCUGCUGCACCAUCACUACGCGUGCACGACGUGGAGCGCUGCACCUUGCUACGGCUUAUUCCCACGCGCUACCACACACAUCUGUACUUUGUAGCGUGUCGCGGUGCCUUGGACGACCUCGGCGGCCCCUCCGACCACUCGGCGAAUGACGAUGACGUCGAUGGUACGGAGGGGGCCAAGGCACGCGAGGAGGAGGAGGAGGAGGAGCUCGUCGCGCUGCCCCCCAAAGGCGCCCGCAGAGACGGCGUACCCACCAUUGCACAUUAUACGCCGUCUGCUGUGGCGCGCCGAUGUGCGGGCUGGUCAAGCGCCGUGGCGUCCAUCAUCCACCGCCAGGAGUCGCUUCGCGCCGCCAUCGAAGAUUUAUGCGAAGAGUUGCAGGGUGAGAUCAGCGAUGAUGCGUGA